UUCCCGAGUGAAUUUGUAGAAAUUUUUAGCUGUUAAUGUUUUAUUUAUUUUACUGUUUUAUCAUUUUAAUCCCACCCAAUCUGCGAUAAUGAGUAAUUUUCUCGUCAUUGCUGCCGUGGUUCUCCUGGCCUCCUGCGUGCAGGGGAAUUUCGCCUGUUCGGCUCAGAAGAACGGGAAGCCUAUCGUGGUUAUGCUGGCUUUCUGCGUACAGAACAGCUUUGGCUGUUCGACUAAGACCAACGGACGCCCUGUGGACAGAAUGAACCAGCUUUUGAACGAAGCCAAACAACUCAACGACAAAGGCAUCAUGCACCUGCACGGCUAUGGGAGCGGUCCGUCGACGCGGAAUUAUCCAAUAUCGGAAUGGCCGCCACACACGGAGAUCAUUCGAGCGCCAGAAGGCGGCACACUUUUCGUUCCUUGUAGCAACGCGAACAAGAAGCAAGUGUCCCAUAUCGCGAUUCCGCCGGCCUUCACAUACAACGGAGAGCAUUUCACUAUCAAAAAUGCGGAAAUUACAAGAGAAUCGUCCGAGGAAAUGAAGUUUUGUUGCAACUGUACCAAAGAAAUUUGUACCGGUGAACACCUUGGGUCGAGGCUGCGGGUGUCCGGGUAUGAUCCGGCGACGGGUGCGUUUUCCAUCGCGUUGGAGCGCUUCACGUACGCCCACACCGGCCUGUACGAGUGCCUGCACUCUAACGGGAGCCAGCUGGUGGUGACACGGCGCUACUGGGUCACUCCGCGACACAUUCGCUACCACGUCUUCGAUCCGCCGAUGCAGAACGUCACCGUCCGCUACGGCGACCCAGCUAAGAUAGUCUGCCCGGUUCGCUUCAAUUACCUGCCCGGCGACCUGACGGCCCGCUUUUUGUGGCGCAAGGGAAGAUACUUGCUUUUGGUUAAGUCCAUCCCGCAAGUUAAAGAUAGCGCCAGGUCGCCGUAUGGUUUCAGUGGACACUUUGAGUUCGACAGAGGCGAACGGUGCGGAUGCAAUUCCAUAAUGAAGAUAAAUAAUGUCACAAGGGAACACGCCGGUGUGUACGAAUGCUGGUUCCGCAUCAACGAUCGUCUGGAUGAAUGGAUUAUGCAAGAAGCUCAUCUGCUUGUCAUUUAA